AACGUUACAUACUUCUUAUAUACGCAGCUGUUAAAUUUCUUUGUUUCGGUUCAUAACUGUAUUAAAGGAGGGGUUCACAAACACCCUAUAAGGCUCAGAGUAACUCGUCUCGCUGCUGUGCUGGUCGCUCGCUCAGAUGUCGUGUAUGCUGGUUAGCCCCUCCGGAGCUCGGGUCCCCCUGGAGAACGGACGAGCUGUGAUUCUGGGCCGGGGUCCGGACACUGGGGUCACCGACAAGAAAUGCUCCAGGCACCAGGUGAAGGUGGUGGCUUGCUUUGCAGACCAGGAUGUGGUUGUUACUCAGCUGGGUCCCAAUCCCAGUUUCCUGGAUGGUGAGAAGCUGGGCCGGAGCCAGUCUGGUAGACUCACCCAUGGAGGCACCCUCUUCCUAGUUAACCAGAGCCACCCAUUUAAACUGCUCUACUCCCUGAGCUCAAAUGGAUCCGCCUCCAGCACUGCACAGAAAGGACAAAAAGCCACAGAUAAGACGAAAGGAGGGAGAAACGGGAAAGAAAAAGAGGCACAGUCGAGUCCAGAACCCAAGCGCAGUAUAAAGGAUUUCUUUUCUACAUCUCCAAUGAAGUCAUCUAAAAGACGGCUGAGCCCAGAGAGUGAAAACCCUGAGGUGAAGCGCCAACGAAGAGACGAGGAGGCCACCGACAGACAAAUGGAGGAAGAGGAAGAGGAGGCGGAGGAAAAAAUGGCAGAGGAAAGGCUCAAGCAGCUGCAGGAGUUGGCAGAGAAGUCUAUAACACAGAGGAGUAAUACCACCCAGCCUUCAUCAUCUUCAUCCUCUUCAACGGGCUGUCUAAAGAGCAGCUGGCAGCAGAUCAGCAACCUGAUGCUUUACACUGCUGCUGGUGUCAAAGGGAGUGACAAGAUUGCUGGGUUUGACAUAGAUGGCUGCAUCAUCACUACCAAGUCUGGGAAAGUCUUUCCCACCACGCCAGAUGACUGGAAGAUUCUGUAUCCUGAAAUUCAGCCCAGGCUGACCAACUUGUUUAAGAAAGGAUACAAGGUGGUGUUCUUCACCAACCAGAUGGGGAUCGCUAAAGGCAAACUGAGACCAGAAGUCUUCAAGUCUAAAGUGGAGGACAUCCUCAACACGCUGCAGCUGCCUGUGCAGGUGUUUGUAGCAACCGGACCUGGUAUCUACAGGAAACCAGUGAUGGGAAUGUGGAAUCACUUGUGUGACAAGGCAAAUGAGGGCGUGACUGUGGACAAGACACAGAGUUUUUAUGUCGGAGACGCUGCAGGUCGUCCAGAGAACUGGGCUCCAGGGAGGAAGAAGAAGGAUUUCUCCUGCAGUGACCGACUGUUUGCUCUGAACAUUGGGUUGCAGUUCCACACCCCAGAGGAGUACUUCCUGGGCUGGAAGAGCGCCCCCUACAGCCUGCCUAAUUUUGACCCUAGGAAGAUUGACUCCACUGCAAGACUGUACGACCCACCGUCUGCCUCUCUCACCUCCAGCAAGACAGAAGUCAUUGUUGCCGUGGGUUUCCCUGCAUCUGGUAAAUCCACAUUCUUCCACACCCACGUCAUUCCAAAAGGCUAUGUGUACGUCAACAGGGACACACUCGGUUCAUGGCAGAACUGUGUGUCGGCCUGUGAGCGUGCUCUGAAAGAAGGCCGCAGCGUCGCCGUGGACAACACCAACCCAGACCCAGAGUCUCGCAAACGAUAUGUGGAUGUAGCCAAGGCAGCCGGAGUGCCGUGUCGCUGUUUCCACUUCUCAGCCUCUCUGGAGCAAGCCAAACACAACAACAAAUUCCGUGAGAUGGCUCCAUCAGACAGCAAACACGCCAAGGUCAAUGACAUGAUUUUCCACAGCUACAAGAAACACUUUGUGGCUCCUGCUCUUCCUGAGGGAUUCUCCGAGAUCCUCCAGAUCCACUUUGUGCCGAACUUUAAAGACAGCCAAUCAGAAACCCUGUACCGGCAGUUUUCUGAGGGCUGAUAGGACAGCUGGCUUCAUAACACCUUUGACUUUCACAUUCUCACUGACACGAAAAAAAAAAAUACAGAUGACAGCCAGUGAAGCAGAUGAGGUGUGAGAUCCAACCAACAAGCAACAGUCAUAGAAAAACACACUAAGUUAGUCAGUAGACACUGAUGUUUUUCUGUUCCAGCUGAUGGACUGUCUGGGCUACCCACUGACAUCUGUGCAGUGCUUUUAUGUCCUAGCUUAUAUGCAUACUGUAUGGCUAAUGGCCUCUAACUACAACAAGUGUUGUUAACUAGACUUGCAUUAAAAGAGGUGUUUUAUCAAAUAACUCAAAGUAUCCAUAUGAAUGUAAUGCAUCAUGCAUGUUGCACAUGUUGAGUUUAGAAAGAAUACAGUGUGAGAACAAGAAGAAUUACUUUAUUUUUAUGUUGUGUAUGAUAAAACAUCUUCCUUUACAAGGGUGUUUACUGCACCACAGCUAUAAAAAUCAACAGUAUACAUUUGACAAUAAAGCUUUAGAAAACA